GCGGAUCUUCAAUAAAAGCGUGAGGUCCACGGUGCUGUUGCUUCGAAUUGUCUUCUUCUUUCGUUCCCUCCUUCCACCAUCCGCGUUGAGACGACCCUUAAGGGAGCGGAAGGGUCUCGGGCUCAGCCCCGCUGGUAGGAGGGACUUCGGAAGGUGGCAGCGCACGAGCUCUGCCCCCACAGGGGAGGGACCGGACCCGAGGACUACAGGUCCCAUGGUGCCCCGCGACCGCUUCUGGGUCGGGCUGGAGCGAGCGGCGCGGGAGGUGAGACGCAGACGCGGUCAUGCACCUCGCGCUGAGUGCCCUCCGCGCUGGACCUCCGUGCCGGCCUCUUGCAGUGCUGCUGAUACCGGCGCGCGGCCGCAAGACGCGCCACGACCCGCCGGCCAAGUCCAAGGUCGGCCGCGUGAACACGCCGCCCGCUGUGGACCCUGCGGAAUUCUUCGUGCUGGCGGAGCGUUAUCGGCUGUACCGCCAGACCGUGCGCGCCCUCAGGCUGGAGUUCAUGGCGGAGGUGCGGAAGCAGCAGUACGAGGCCCGUGCCGGCGUCUUGGCGGAGCGCAAGGCACGGGAAGAAGCGGCCAAACACCAGGAGCUGAUGGCCUGGAACCGGGCGGAGAACCAGCGACUGCUUGAGCUGCGGAUCUCGAGGCUGCAGCAGGAAGCGCGCGAGCUGGAGCAGCAGCACGCGGAGGAGCAGGCGCGCCGGGCACUGGAGGAGCAGGCCUGGGUGCGACUGAGGGAGCAGGAAGUGCAGCAGCUACAGGAGGAGGCAAAAAACUUUAUCACCCGAGAGAACCUGGAAGCGAGGGUGGAAGAAGCAUUGAACUCCUCAAAGAACUACAACUGGGCCAUCACCAGACAGGGUCUGGUGGUCAGGCCGCAGUAGAAGGGCUCCUAAGGGCCCAGAAGGGACAGUACCUGCCAAAGGAGCCUGUGUACAGGGCGUUGGAGGGCUGGUUCUGAUCUAUGAUAAAGCAGUUGGUAUUUCCUACACAGAAGGCUCAGCCUUUUCCAGAACAGCGCUCAUGUUCUGGCCUCUGCCCCAUGUCAACCUCAGGACAGCACCAGGCCAUCUUCACAGAGGGACAAACUGGGCCACAAUCUCCUUGGGCAGCCAGGCCAUCUUCUGAGUAUCAUAAAGGGCAGUGGUUAGCAAAUUACAGUCCUUGAGCUAAAUGUGGCCGGCUGCUUGUUUUUGUUAAUAAAGUUUUAUUGAAACACA